AUGACGACACCAUCUUCUUCCUCAUCCUCUCAAUCGCAAUACGCAUAUUCCAACGCUCCUUACUUUCCCGUUCCCUUUCACCUUCAACAACCUGCAACCACUACUCACUACGCCGCACCGUAUGUUGCCGCUCCGACUGUGCAACUUCCUCCGCCACCAGUAGUUGGUCCCGUUCCCCCGCCGUCUGCUUACUCCGUGCCGCAGUAUCAGGCGCAGCAGUUAUUUGAGAGGGAUGCACAAAUAAUAACGCCGGAGGCUCUUGAGAAUGUGAAGGCAGCGAUUGCGAGUAGCGAUGUUGAGCAUAAAGCUGAGACGAAAAAGAAAGCUGUUCCUCGGAAAGCUGCUGGACAAGCUUGGGAGGAUCCUAUACUUGCAGAGUGGCCUGAAGAUGAUUAUCGACUCUUCUGUGGUGAUCUUGGUAAUGAAGUCAAUGAUGAUGUUCUAUCAAAGGCAUUCACACGAUUCCCUUCCUUUAACAUGGCAAGAGUUGUUAGAGAUAAGCGAACUGGAAAAACAAAGGGUUAUGGAUUUAUAAGCUUUGCCAACCCUGCUGACCUUGCUGCUGCUCUUAAAGAAAUGAAUGGUAAAUAUGUCGGAAACCGGCCAAUAAAACUACGCAAGAGUAAGUGGAGGGAGAGAACUGAUUAUGAUGCACUGGAGAAACAGAAGAACCAUAUUCAGAAGAAACCGAAAAUGUCAAGGAAGAGUAUCCUCCACAAGUGA